AGCCUCGAGCGUGCUAUGCAGUAUGCCUGCGGUAACGCCGUCGUUUGUGACGAUUUAAAGGUCGCUCGGGACAUCUGCUACGAUAUGGGCAAGGAAGUGAAGGCUGUCGCGCUCGAUGGCACCGUGAUUCACAAGAGUGGUUUGAUCACUGGUGGACGUGCCGGUGUUGGAUCUGCGUCAAAGAGGUGGGAGGAGCAGGAGGUCGAGGGUUUGAAACGUGUGCGUGAUACCCUUAUGGCGCAGAUCAAGGAGAUUCAGGCGAAUAGCUGGAGGGGUGGGGAGGAGGAGGGGUUGAUGGCUGAGAUUAAUCGGAUUGAGGGACAGUUGACUACUGCCAGGGAGAAGCUGAGUGCGACGUCUAGGUCUGUUGAGAGCAAGAAGGAGGAAAUUGAGCAUAUUGCUGGUCAGAUUCAAGAGUUGCAGCCUAAGCUCCAGGAGGAAGAGGCGGCGCUUGAGGACGUUGAGAGUCGUUUGGCUGAGCUGCAAGCCGCGUUCAAUGAGGUUGAGGAUGAGGUCUUUGCCGAUUUUGUCCAGAGAAUCGGUGUACGCAACAUCCGUCAGUAUGAGGAGCGCCAGGGAAUGUGGGCUCAGGAGGCCGCGGAGAAGCGUGCUAAGUUCUUGACGCAGAAGAGCAAGAUCGAGAAUCAACUGUCCUUCGAGGAGAAGAGGUUGGCUGAGACCACUGCGCGUAUUGAGAACCUUGAGGCAUCCAUCGCUAGGGAUGAGCAGUUGCUUGAGCAACUCCAGGCGGAGAAGACUGAGUUCCAGACUGAGAUUGAUACGUUGUCUGCGGAGCUUGAGCUUCUGCGUGAGGCCCACACGAACAGGAAGGCUGAUCUUGAGCAGAGGAAUGAGGCCGUUUCUGAGGCUAAGCGUGCAGUGGCCAAGUGGAACAAGGAGCUUGACAAAAUUGCCCGAACUGUUACUACUCUCGUGGCCAAAGUUGAGAGGAUCGCGGCUGAACGUCACAACCUGCUGAAGAGAUGCAAGGUUGAGGAGAUUGAUAUCCCUCUCCUUGCUGGUUCUUUGGAUGACGUUCCGAUGGAGGAGCAGUUGAGGCAGGAUGUCAUGGAACUCGAUGAUGAAGGCGAGUCUGCUCGUGUCAGGACUGAGAUCCCCGAUUAUGGACUAGAGUUUGACUUUGACGAACUCGACGAUGACUUGAAGGAGGAUGGGUCUUCCUCAGCCGAAGCGGACUUGCUCGACACAAUCAAGAACAUCACAGCCGAGCUCGAGCGCAUGUCACCCAACAUGAAAGCCAUCGAGCGCCUUGAGGGUGUCGAAAACCGCCUCCAAGACACCGAACAGGAAUUCGACAAAGCCCGUAGAGAAGCAAAAAACGCCCGCGACAAAUUCAGUGCCGUCAAACAAAAGCGUUACGAUCUCUUUAACCGCGCCUACACCCACAUCGCCGAACAAAUCGACAAGAUCUACAAAGAUCUCACGAAGAGUAAGGCAUUCCCUCUUGGUGGUACCGCAUAUCUCUCACUCGAGGAUUCCGAGGAGCCGUAUUUGGAUGGUGUCAAGUAUCAUGCUAUGCCACCCAUGAAGCGGUUCCGUGAUAUGGAGCAGUUAUCUGGAGGUGAGAAGACGAUGGCGGCGCUUGCGUUGUUGUUUGCGAUUCACUCUUAUCAGCCUAGUCCGUUCUUCGUGUUGGAUGAGGUUGAUGCGGCGUUGGAUAAUACCAAUGUCGCUCAUGUUGCGAAUUAUAUCCGUGAGCAUGCGGGACCUGGGUUCCAGUUCAUUGUUAUCUCGUUAAAGAAUGGUUUGUUCCAUCAGAGUGAGGCUUUGGUUGGUAUCUACAGGGACCAGGAUGAGAAUAGUUCGAAGCCGUUGACGCUUGAUUUGAGGAAAUAUCCUGAGUAGGGGAGGGAUGAAAUCCGAGACGAUGCGUGAGAAGAUAUAAUCUACGAUUUACUGGAGUUAGGUUUUUUACUGGAUACUUCUUUGCUAUACCUCAGCCAUUUUACUAGGUAAUCCAUAUUUGUGUGCAAUCAAUCGUUCCAUUACUAC